AUGGUGACGCCGCCGCCUCCGCCCCUCGAAACUUUGCGAGCGAAGCGCCUGGGCUUUAAACAAGUGAAAAUCGAAACUGGCGAGGUCCGCUUUCUGGUCCCGGUCGCGGUUCUUCCGGGCUCGGCGUCCCCAUCCGCCCGCGGCCGUUCCCGCCUGUUAGCGCGGCAGCCAAUCAGCUUGUCAGGCAGUGUCCCCCACGCGCCGGGAGCCACCCUGAGCGUUUGCUCGACUGUCCUUUCUUUGGCUCAUCACAGCCGAAGGGGUAUCAGGUUUUCUACUCGGGACUCUCUCCAGCUCUACUCGCCUCGUUCCAGCCACACCGCUGUCCCCUGGACUCAAAGCCCAGUCGCCGCUGGGGACCGGGUAAGAGCCGUCUGUGCACCUAAACGAGGAUGGCGCGAAAAUCCGGAGGCAGAUUCGGACACAUUCCCCGAGGAGCACCUCAGGGCCAUUUGGGAUGAUCGGUCCGGAGCCGGCUCCAUUUGGUUUCUCUCAAAGGGCCGCAGGUUGAACCUUCGGAGGAUUCCAACCCCAACCUACAAGUCAGUUGAAAAUGAAUGGAACAACAUAUCCCCUGUCCGGAUUCCGGGCUCUCAGGAUCUGCUCCCCUCAUGGCUCAGUGGUAAAGAAUCCACCUUGCAAUGCAAUGGACACAGGUUCAAUCCGUGGUCUGGGAAGAUACCACAUGCCUCGAAGCAGCUAAGCCCACGCGCCACAACUACUGAAGCCCGUGGAUUGUGGAGCCCCUGUUCCACAACAAGAGAAGCCACCGCAACGAGAAGCCCUCGGCACUGCAAUGAGAGAGUAACCCCCGCUCACCAAAACUAGAGAAAGUCCAUGCAGCCAUAAAGACCCAGUACAGCCAAAAAUAACUAAAUAAAACAUAGUUGAUCAGGGAAUUCCCUGGAGAUCCAGUGGUUGGGCCUCAGUGGUUUCAUUUAUUGCAAAGGCCCAGGUUCAAUCCCUAGUUCGGAAACUAAGACCCUGCAAGUCAAGCAACUCGGCUAAAACAUCAAAAGAACCCAGAAAGCAAUAGUCAGUCAUAUCACCUUCUUUUCAGUAUCCAUUUUCUAUUUUUCCUGCUCAACUGGAUUAGCUAGAACCUCUUGGGAGGCAGUGAAUAAGUGUUGAUAGUAGGCACUCUUCCUGUGUUCACUGUCUUAAGGGGAUAUCUCAGUAGUUUCUCAGCAUGAAAACUAUUUGCUGUGUGUUUUCUCAUAAACUCCUUUUAUCACUUCCCAAAAGGUUGGUCAUAGUUCUGAUUUGCAAAGAGGCUUUAUCACGGAUGAAUAUCCAAAUUUAUUAGAAGCCUUCUCAUAUAGUCAGCUGAUCAUAUGAUUUUUCUCAUUUGAUCUUCUAAUCUGUCAAGUUACAAACUGAUUGAUUUUCUAGUGCUAAAAUGAACAUUAAAUUCCUCAUUUAGAUACAGUGCUGUGUGUCAAUUAUAUCUCAGUAAAACUAGAAGAAAAAAAUAAAUGAAUUCCUUAUUCAAAUCACCUUGGCCAUGAUGUAUUAUCAUUUUUAGAUAUUGUUGGAUUUGGUUUGCU